GGGAAGAGGAGGUCGGCGGGCGGCGGACGGGCAGUCACACCACAACCACGGGAAGGGUCGCACACUCGCUCACUCUGUCUCAGAGUGCUUCACACCUGUUGCUCUGCCACUGACCCUCCUCGCUUAAACUUCACCGUCCUAGACAAGAGGAGCGUCGUGUGAUCAAGCGAUACCUGUCCACUACUACCAGCGAGUGUGCGGAAAACCCGGUGCCCGUUAUAUAUAUUGCGACAAGAUUGUAAAGACGAUCGAAAUACUGCAUUACUGCAACGAUGUCCGGCUACACGAAGAGACAGUGGGUCACGCUAGCGGUGUUUAGCCUGGCCCAACUGUGCAACGCCAUCUGCGUGUCCCUCCAGGCACCGUUCUACCCGGCGGAGGCCGAGAAGAAGGGCGCCACCGCCUCCCAGUAUGGGCUGGUGUUCGGCGUCUUCGAGCUGACGGUGUUCCUAGUGAGCCCCAUCUAUGGGAAGUACAUGAGCUCCUGGGGACCCAAGUUCAUCAACAACGCCGGGAUCUUCACCGUGUCGGUCAUGUGCAUCCUCUUCGGGUUCCUCGACCGUAUGAACGACACUUCACUGUUUAUCGGGUUCUCGUUCGCCAUCAGGAUAGUAGAGGCGAUGGGCAACGCGGCGUUCGUGACCUCCGCCUUCAGCAUCAUCGCCAAGGAGUUCCCCAAGAACGUUGGGUCAGCGUUUGCGACCAUGGAGACGUUCUUCGGGUUGGGUCUGAUCAUCGGACCGACGGUGGGCGGGGCGCUGUAUGAGCUGGGCGGCUACACUCUCCCCUUCGUGUCCCUGGGCGGGUUGUUGCUGGGGGCGGCGGUUAUGACCAGCUGCCUCCUCCCCAGCACAGGCGCCGAUGCCGCGCCUGAAGCCCUAGGCUCUCGUGGACAGUUUCUGGCGGCCCUAAAGCUUCCCUCCAUCGUUCUUAUGUGUCUAGCUCUCCUGUCGUCGUCCAUCAGCAUCGGCUUCAUGCAGGCGACGCUGGAGCCCCAUCUGCGCGUCCUGCACCUCUCGCCCUUCAAGGUCGGACUCAUGUUCGUGGUGAGUGGGUCCAUGUACGCCUUGACGGCGCCCUGCUGGGGCUCGCUCUGUGACAAGGUGAUACCGCCGCGAAUUAUUACUACGCUUGGAACGGUUAUGGUGGUAAUUGCUUUUACGUUCGUGGGGCCAAUGCCGUUCCUGCCACUGGAGACAACGUUACCACUGUGUAUCGGCGCGCUCGUCGUCCACGGCAUCGGCUUCGGGGCAGUGUUGGUGUCCACCUUCUCCGGCUGUCAUCGGGACGUCAUAGCCAAUGGCUUCCCUGAUGACCUCGGUACUUACGGUCUGGUGUCAGGCAUCUGGACAUCGACGUUUGCACUCGGAUGCUUCAUUGGGCCAUCGGUCGGAGGCGUGCUAAUGGACCUGGUGGGCUUCAAGUGGGCAUCCGUGUGCAUAGCGGCGCUCCAUGCCCUUGUGGCCACGGCCCUGGGGAUCUUCAUAUGCUACAAGGGAAGUGGCAGAGAGAUGAUGCAUGUUAGCAUACACGAAAGUCUCUCUCAGACAAAAGAGGAGCGCCAGUCUCUACUCUCUCAUCCUGAUGAGUGCGACUCGACCUACGGGAGCGCGGGGUCGUCGCAGGAGAACCUCCCUUGCAUACCGUGAACCACUAUAUGAAGAGGUCGGUGCACGAGUGCAGGGUGUGGCCGGCGGCGUGUCUCCAUAUUGACUACAGUUGUGCCUCGCUAACAACGAGAAAGCGGCUGGCAGCAGCGAAGGUCCUCGUCCUUGGCGGCGGCGGCGGUGUUGGAAAAAAGACGUCCACACUACUGUCCAAGUGUGGGGUUGGUGUCUGCGUGAAGACAGUGUGACAAUCCCGUCACCAUCGGCGUCUCUGCCGCAUGUAGAGAGUUCAGGAGUGGGUGACCCUUUUACUACUUGACCUGAGGGCCAAUGUUUGUCCUCUGUUAAUUGUGAUUUUGGACGGAGCCAUCGCUACAAAAUGUUGUAAAUAUUAGGUUUGCUGUAGUAGUAGGACUUUGAAGUCUGUGAUAAGGCGGAAAUAAAAGACCUGCCGACCACAAUAUUGUCAGUCUAGCAAUUUUUUUUUUAUAGUAUGUGCAAUAUAUUUUUACAUAAUUUUAUUGUAUACAAUGGCAGCCGUAACUUAUAUUUUGUGCAAAUAAAACUUGUCAUUAAGAA